AUGUCGAAGAAUAGGAAGCUGAGGACGACCAAAUUGUCUUUUGACGACGACGAUGGCGACGCGACCACCGGGGCGGGAGGAGCGGCGGACAACGCCCCGCCCCCACCGCCCCCGCCGCCCUUGCCUGGCGGCAAGGCAGCGUCGAAAAAGGCGGCGGGCAAGGCGCUCCUGAGUUUUGGUGAUGAUGAGGACGCAGGGAUACUGCCCAGCAGUAAGCCCAAGAAGGAAUCCGGCGGCGGCAGCAGGGACAAGAGCGCGAAAGCCAAGUUCAGGGCCAAGCUGCCGACCCCUGCGUAUGAUUCAGCGCCGGAGCCGCCGGUCAAGGCCAGCGGCG